AUGUUUCACUUCAAACAGUCAAUAACCAAGAGGCACUAUUUCAUUGUUAAUUGUGUAGACAGAUUUUGUGAUUGGAGAGUUAGAGCGAAAGAGGUCGGCGAUUGUGGUUAUUAUGAGAUAACAAAGGCAAGUCUUGCCCACACGUGCUGCAUAGACACCAGAAAUGCAUAUAGAAAGAAGGUUUCCUCUCGCGUUAUUGCCGCCGUUUUCAGAGCAAAGUACAUGAAUUUUAACAAAGGACCAAGGUCAACGCAGUUGCAGCGGAUGGUUCUGGAGGAUUUGCAUGUGCAGGCGUCUUACAUGAAGUGCUAUCGAGCUAUAGAACAGACUAGUAUUGAUGUCAGGGGCACAAAAGAAGAAUCGUAUUUGAAGCUGCAUGUCUAUUUCUACUUGCUCAAGGCUGGAAAUCCUGCCGGCUUUAGCAGACUUAGGCGUGUCAUUGUUGUAGACGGGACGCAUUUGUGGGGUAAGUAUAAAGGUGUCCUUCUGACUGUUGUUGGCCAGGAUGCGAACUUCCAGGUGUUCCCAUUGGCUUAUGCUCUUGUUGACUCCGAAAACACUGAAGCAUGGACCUGGUUUCUGGAAAGGCUAGAACGGAUUUUAGGCGAUAGUUCAUCCUUGGUAAUCGUUUCCGACCGUUGGAAGGCAUUGUAUCCUGCGAUAGGUGCGGUGUAUCCGUUGGCUGUUCAUGUUGCUUGCAUAGUACACCUGUCCCGCAACGUUAGCUCUAUAUAUAGCUCUAAAGGGCAUGAGAAGUUAGUGAGUAUGGCGGCUUUUGCGUAUAGGCCAGCAACGUUCAAGCCCUUUUUUGAGAAAAUUAAGUCUCGCAAUUUAGAGUGUGCUCGUUAUUUGGAGAAGAUAGCAAUGAGUUUCUGGGCUCGUUGUUACUGCAAGGGUGAAAUGUACAAUUUCAUGACCAGCAACGCAGCGGAGCAGCUUAACUAG